AUGAGCAGCUCUACUAAAAAAACUAGCAAGAGUAUUAAACCCGACGGUGGUGAUCGCCCUUACAAGUGUCCAAUGUGUGAUAAGGCAUUCCAUCGUCUUGAACACCAAACUCGUCACAUUAGAACCCAUACGGGAGAAAAACCACAUCCUUGCACUUUUCCUGGGUGUAACAAACGAUUUAGUCGUUCUGAUGAAUUGACUAGACACUCGAGAAUCCACAGUAACCCUAAUAACCGUCGCAAGAACAAGUCUUCGCAAAACAUCUCGGUUGUGCAAGUGGAGGGGCCCCCAACAAUGUUUGCACAGGGCCCAGUGUCCCCUAACUCACAGUCUCAUGCUCCACAAACCCCUCAAAUUCCUUCACAACCUCCAGCACAACAGCAGCAGCCUAUUGGGGUUGAUUUCAAUGGUAACCCAAUUUAUCCUUACAUGAUCCAACUUCCUCAGGCGAUGAACCAUCACCAUCAACAGCUGUUCCGGUCGUUGCCGGCGUCUCCAGGAACCCAGGAACCGCCAAAUUUGGGUCUCUACAACCCUCAACAACAAUCAUAUUUCCAGUCCCCAGUUAACAACCAUGAGGCUAAGUCGUCUUCCUCCUCCUCCUCAGGGUUCCACAUGUCAAAAUCAACCACUUAUUUGAAUCAUUACAACCUUCCGUCUGUGAACUCUUCCACCAGUAUUGCUGGCAACAACUCUCACCAUUCAUCGCUCCAUUUCCUCUCAUCGGCAUCAUCUUCCAAAACCCAUUCGCUUUGCAAUUCGCCAUCUAACUCCUCGACCAAUUUAUUUGGGUUUUCUACCUCUUCUUCCGCAACUUCUUUGCAAUCGCUAGCCAAUACUCAUUCGCUGGGGUUGAAUUUACCUCCACUUAAUAUGGCGCAAUUGAUCAACCCUUCAGCCACCAACAGCAGUAGCACCGUCAAUAUGAACUCGGCCGACGAGCCUCUUACAUUUGGUGCAGGUAAGAAGUAUCGCAGAAUCAGCACUCCUCCAUACUCUACACCUCUUCAGUCACCAAACAUUUCCCCGGUCGGUAGUGUUGGCAACCAUCAUGAUAGAAUCACUUUGCCACCAAUCCGGGCUUUGUUGGCCAACUUGGAUGAGGAAAAUCUUGGCCAGACCAAGAAGAGCAAUUCCGGAGAAAAUGUUCGUUUGCCUCACAUUAACGAAAUGUUUCAUGAAUAA